CUCGCUCCUCCGAUCCUCCAAUGGCCAUGGCACCGUCCCGGGGCAACGGCGACGUGCCCUCGCGCCUCGUCCAAACGCUGGAGCACCAGGGCGCCGUCAACGUCGUCAAGUACAACAAUGGCGCCAAGUACAUCCUGAGCGGGUCGUCGGACCGCACGAUCAAGCUGUGGAAUCCGGCGUCGGGCAAGGGGAUCAAGGAGUACAGAGGGCAUGCGCACGAGGUGUUGGCGUUGGAUAUUGCCCACGACAACGCCAAGUUCGCGAGCUGCGGCGGCGACAAGGCCGUCUUCGUAUGGGACGUGGCGAGCGGCGCCGUGCUGCGUAGGCUACAGGGUCACUUUGGAAAACUGCACGCCGUGGCCUUCUCCAACGACGCGGGGUUGCUAGCGAGUGCCGGCUUCGAUGCCAAGAUCAUGCUGUGGGACAUGCGGGCCGCCGUGCGCGACCCCCUGCAGACACUCAAGGGCGCCACCUCGUCCAUCACCACGCUCGACAUCCCGCCCGACUCGGUCGAGAUUAUUGCUGGCAGCGCCGACGGACAUGUUCGGAGUUACGACGUGCGGAUGGGCAAGGUGACGGAGGAUUUGGUGGGAGCCCCAGUGUCCGGUCUCACGCCGUCGCCGUCGACGCCGCGCGAAACGAUGCUCGUCGCGUCACUAGACGGCAAGCUGCGCCUCUUUGACCGCUCGAACGGAUCGGUCUUACAAACAUUCUCGGGCCACAAAGCCACGACGCAGCGCUCCAAGCCCGCCUUUGCGCGCGGCGAGGGCUCCGUGCUCGCCGGCGACGAGGACGGGCGGCUGUGGACGUGGAGCGUGCUCGACGGCACUGGGCAGUCGCGCGCCGCGCACUCGCGCGCCAUCACCGGCGUGCUGGCCAACAGCAAUGGCAAGGAGGUCAUCACGGCGUCGUUGGAUGGAACGAUCAAGGUGUGGGGGGUGUAGUGGCGCUAGCACGGUGGCAGUGUACAGUAUGCAGCAUUUGGUCCAG